AUGAUUUGGACGAGAUCUGCUUGCAUUCUCUCUUUCAUCUUGUUUUUUGCCCACAUAGCAGCUGUAUCGAUUAAGCAUCUUUCUAAAGGAAAUGUACAUGAUGGAGAGUUUGAUGAACAGAAGGAUAUUUCAGAAAUCAAUUUAGCUGCAGGCUUGGACCUCUUUCAGGGGGACAUUUUUCUACAGAAUUCCAGAAAUGGCCUGAGAGACCCCAGCGCCAGGUGGAAGUUCCCCAUCCCUUACAUCCUGGCCGACAAUCUGGCACUGAAUGCCAAAGGAGCUAUUCUCUAUGCCUUUGAAAUGUUCCGCCUCAAGUCCUGUGUGGAUUUCAAGCCCUAUGAAGGAGAGAGCUCGUACAUCAUCUUUCAGCAGUUUGAUGGGUGCUGGUCUGAGGUUGGCGACCGACACGUAGGACAGAACCUUUCCAUUGGCCAGGGAUGCGACUAUAAGGCCAUCAUUGAACAUGAGAUCCUGCAUGCUCUGGGGUUCUACCAUGAGCAGUCAAGGACGGACCGGGAUGAUUAUGUGAAGAUCUGGUGGGAUGAAAUUCUUCCAGGUUAUCAGCACAACUUUAACACCUACGAUGACAACUUCAUCACAGACCUCAACACACCCUAUGAUUACGAGUCUUUGAUGCACUACGAGCCUCUCUCAUUUAACAAGAAUGCUAGUGUCCCCACCAUCACAGCCAAGAUCCCUGAGUUUAACUCCAUCAUUGGGCAGCGCCUGGAUUUCAGUGCUAUCGAUUUGGAGAGGCUGAACAGAAUGUACAACUGCACCACAACUCACACCCUCUUGGACCACUGUGAUUUCGAGAAGGCAAACAUCUGUGGGAUGAUUCAGGGUACCAGAGAUACUGCUGACUGGGUCCAUGAGGACAGCACUCAGCCUGGACAAGCGGAUCACACCUUGGAGGGGCGAUGCACAGGUGCCGGCUACUUCAUGUACUUCAGUACCAGCUUGGGGAUAGCAGAGGAGGCAGCCCUGUUGGAGUCUCGGAUUCUUUACCCAAAGAGGAAGCAGCAAUGCCUGCAGUUUUUCUAUAAAAUGACAGGAAGCCCUUCAGACAGACUCACCAUCUGGGUCAGGAGGGAUGACGGUACGGGCAACGUUCGCAAGCUGGUCAAGGUGAAGACCUUUCAAGGAGAUUUGGACCAAAAUUGGAAAAUUGCCCAUGUUACACUAAGAGAGGAAAAGAAGUUUCGCUACAUUUUCCAGGGCACAAAGGGUGACCCCCAGAACUUGAGUGGGGGAAUUUACCUGGAUGACAUCACUUUGACAGAAACCCCAUGCCCCGCAGGGGUUUGGACGGUCCGGAAAUUCUCUCAAGUCCUGCAGAACACAGUUAAAGGGGACAAGCUUCAGAGCCCUCGAUUCUAUAAUUCAGAGGGCUACGGUUUGGGGUUGACCUUGUACCCUCAUGGCAGAACGACCUCCAGGAGCUCUGGGUACUUGGGACUUGCCUUUCAUCUGUGUAGUGGAGAGAAUGAUGCUGUCCUGGAGUGGCCAGUGGAGAACAGACAGGUGAUAAUGACAAUACUUGACCAGGAACCCGAUGUCAGGAAGAGAAUGUCCUCCAGCAUGGUGUUCACUACCUCCAAGUCCCAGACGUCUACAGCAAUGAAUGGCUCCAUCAUCUGGGACAGGCCGUCUGUCUUGGGGUCCUAUGACAAGAGCUGUGCCUGUUUUAGAAGCAUCGACUGGGGCUGGGGUGCUAUCAUCUCCCACCAAAUGCUGAAAAGGAGGAGUUACCUUAAAAAUGACGACCUUAUAUUGUUUGUGGACUUUGAAGAUAUCACCCACCUUGAGCAGACUGAAGUUCACAUUGAAGACAGCAGGCUGAUCCCCCAAAGCCUCGUUCUCCAAGGCCAGGAGCAGCCGGCUUCAGAAGAAGGUUCGGGAAAGGCCUCCUUAGAGAAAGACCUACUGGGCAGCCUGGGCCAGGGGCAUCGCAGCCGACAGAAGCGGUCGGUGGACAACACGGGCCCCAUGGAGGACCACAACUGGCCCCAGUACUUCAGAGACCCAUGUGACCCGAACCCUUGUCAAAACGAAGGCAUCUGUGUGAACGUGAAGGGGAUGGCGAGCUGCAGGUGCGUCUCUGGCCACGCCUUCUUCUACACUGGGGAGCGAUGUCAGGCCAUGCAGGUGCACGGCAGCCUCCUGGGCCUGAUGAUCGGAGGCGCAGCCAGCAUGGUUUUAUUGACCUUCACCAUCAUCUCCAUCCUUCGCCAAAGGCCAGGCAGUGAUGCCCGCUGACAUCAACCAGACUGCAGAAGCACCUCCAGCCCUUGGACCCUCCCUUUCCUUCCCGUGCUCAUUGCAGUUUGGGGCAGCUUCUAUCGGCCUUGCUUUGCCUCCAGCCUCUUGUGUGACCCUUAUGGUUUUCCUGUCCCCACCCUCACAUGGUUCUGUUACCCUGCUCUGUGCUCCAAAUGUAUCUAGUGUGUCCUGUGAUGACGCUCUUAUCCCUUGUUUAAUAGACUGUCUUUCCCAUAUACUGUAAGCUCUACGCGGGCAGACCCACCUUUACCGUGUUAGCCCAGUGCCUGGGAGUCUGCCUGGCCCGGCAUGCAUGGUCACUCAGUAAAAACGAAUAAAUGAGCCAGUAAUUGAAUGAACAACUAAGAUAUAGAAACUCUCUCCUUUCUACUGCAAGUAAGAUGUAUACAAUGAAACGCACAUGUUUUUUGUACUAGAAUCAAACACUCAAAUACCUGUUUUCCAUCAGACACAAUAGGUUUAUUAUUCUUUUAGGGUCUUGUGUGUUAAAGAAUUUCGAAUAAAGAUUCCUCCUAGCAGCAGUAUUUGCUUUCCUCCUCUGAUUCUAAGGGAAAGUCUUUAAUAAAUUCAAUAACUAUUUCGUCAGUACCUUCAAGAGGUCCAGAAUUGCAUGUGAAUUUGUGUGUGUGUGUGUGUGUGUGUGUGUGUGUGUAUGGAAAGCUCUUUGUCAGAUCUUUUUAAAUUUUAAAGUACAUUUUAAGGGACUUCCCUGGUGGUCCAGUGGUAAAGAAUCCGCCUUCCGAUGAAGGGGAUGCAGGUGCGAUCCCUGUUCGGGGAACUAAGAUCCCACAUGCCGCGGGGCAACUAAGCCUGGCUGCAACUGCUGAGCCCACGCACCACAGCUACAGAGCCCACGCACUCUGGAGCCCGUGCGCCACAACUAGAGAGAAGCCCGCGCACUGCAACGAAGAUUCCGCGUGCCUCAACUAAGA